AUGAAUAAUGGAUCAUUUAAAGAAACGAAUGUUUGUAGAAAGGAAAAACAAAAGGGAGAUAUCCCAGUUCCGCGUUUUGGUCAUACUGCAACAUAUUUAGGUAAUAAUAAGGUUGCAAUAUUUGGUGGCGCAAUAGGUGAUGCAGGGAAAUAUAAUAUAACAGAUGAUAUAUAUUUAUAUGAUUUGACACAAAAUAAAUGGAAAAAAUUAAUAACAGAAAACACCCCAACAGCUCGAGCUGCUCAUGCUGCUGCUUGUGUAGAUGAACAACAAUUAGUUAUAUAUGGAGGUGCAACAGGUGGAGGAUCAUUAUCAUUAGAUGAUCUAUAUAUAUUAGAUUUGAGAAGAGAUCAGAAAUACUCAUGGAUGACAGUUCCUACAAAAGGAGUAUCUCCAGGUAGACGAUAUGGUCAUGUAAUGGUAUAUAGUAAACCGAAUUUAAUAGUCUUUGGUGGUAAUGAUGGACAACACACAUUAAACGAUGUAUGGUUUAUGCAUGUGGAAAUGCCACCUUUUGAAUGGAUCCAAGUUGUAAUAUCAAAUAAUUCUAAAAUACCAUCACCAAGAGUUUAUCAUUCAGCUGAUAUGUGCAAAGAAGGACCUGCUACAGGUAUGAUUGUAAUAUUUGGUGGUAGAAAUUCUGAAAAUAAAUCAUUAAAUGAUACAUGGGGUUUAAGACAACACAGAGAUGGUAGAUGGGAUUGGGUUGAAGCUCCUAUUAAAAAGGGAUCACCUCCAGAAGCUAGAUAUCAACAUACUUGUGUAUUUAUAGGAUCUAAAAUGUUUGUUUUAGGUGGUAGAAAUGAUAAUGGAUGUUCUAUACCAUUAUCAACUGCCCUUUACAAUACAGAAACAAUUGAAUGGGUUACAUUCCCCCCUAUUGCUAAAUUUAGGCAUACAUCAUGGAUGUACAAAUAUACUAUAUAUACAUUUGGUGGGUUUAGUCAUCAAACUCAGCAAUACCCAACUAAUGAAUUAGAAUGCUUAGAAUGUUAUAGCCUUUUAAACUCAUUAAAUAAUUUCGAUACAGAUAAAAAGAGCCCAAUAAAACAAUCAUCUUUAAAACAAAAAACAAAUGAAACAAAUAAAAGUAAAAUUACAGAAGUAAAAAAUAUAAAUUCACAUAAUUUAAAUGCUCAAGAUGUUAUUACUACUCAGAAGCAAUUACAACAAAAUGGAUCAAAAAAUCAAUACAUGAAAUCAAAACAAUUAAAUGAUAGUAAAAAAAAUAGCCCAUCUUCAAAUUUUUCACCAGGAAACACACAAAAUUCCCAUUACAGAAAUAUGUUUGAUUCCCCAACCUCAUCCUUAUUUAGACUAUCCAAUAAUAAUAGUGUGAAUAAACCACUAUCAAAUACAAUUCGAUUGGCUGCACAUGCACAUGCAGUUCAAGAAACUGGAAGUGAUUUUGCGCUACUUGUUCGAAAAAUAUCUAUUGAUAAAUUAGAAGAAGAAGGAAGAAAAAUUAAUAAUGGAGUAUUAUGUACACCAGUAAAUUAUAUUAGUGAAUUUAAAAAUACAGUUUAUGAUAAAGUAAUUACAACUUUGUUAAAUCCAAAUAUUACUCAAUUUGAAAUACAAUAUAAUCAUAAUUCAGAUUCUAUUUUUAUUAUUCCAUGGUCAAAUGUAUCUAUAUUAUGUUCUAUGGUUAUUGAUAUAUUUAAGCAAGAAGAUAUGGUAUUAAAAUUAAGAGCCCCAAUAAAAAUAUAUGGUGAUAUACAUGGACAAUACUAUGAUUUAAUGAGGUUAUUUCAAUUAUAUAAAUCUCCUGUUGAAGAAGAUUUAGGGGAAAAAUUAAAUGCAGUUGGUGAUAUAGAUUCAAAUGAUUAUUUAUUUUUAGGUGAUUAUGUUGAUAGAGGUUCUAAUAGUUUAGAAGUUAUUUGUUUACUUUUUGCGCUUAAAUGCAAAUAUCCUAAACAAAUACAUCUAAUUAGAGGAAAUCAUGAAGAUAUGGCUAUAAAUAGUUUGUAUGGAUUUCAAGAAGAAUGUAAAAGAAGAUUAAAAGAGGAUGUCGAUGAUAAAUCAUCAUGUUGGGCACAAAUAAAUCAGGUAUUUGAAUGGAUACCUAUCGGAGCUUUAGUUGAAGAAAAAAUAUUAUGUGUUCAUGGAGGUAUAGGAAAAUCUAUUCAUACUAUAUCUGAUAUUUCUCAAUUAAAACGACCUUUAACUGUCUCACAAGUUCCUCAAAAUUUAAAUGAACAAAAAGUUACAGAUCUUUUAUGGUCUGAUCCAACUGAUAAUGAUUCUGUAUUAGGAACAAUACCUAACGAUAUAAGAGAUCCUGAUGGAACUGGUCAUAUUGUAAAAUAUGGCCCAGAUAGAGUUCAUAAAUUUUUAGAAGAUAAUGACCUACAAUUAAUUAUAAGAGCUCAUGAAUGUGUAAUGGAUGGAUUUGAACGAUUUGCGGGUGGAAAACUAAUAACUUUAUUUUCAGCAACCAAUUAUUGUAAUUCUCACAAAAAUGCAGGUGCAUUAUUAUUUAUUCGAAGAGAUCUUACGGUUAUUCCGAAGUUGAUAUAUCCCGCUAAGGAUGAAGUCCGCUUCUUUAGUACAUGGGAUACAAAAAUGACAGAAUUGAGGCCACCAACACCACCAAGAAAUCAACCGAAAAUGAGAGAAUUAAAUUAUGGGGCUCCAUAA